AUGCUCGCAUCCAUCCCUAAUGUAGCUGCGAUUUCGAGAUCAUUUCAUGUGCUUCCUACGCUACAGACUGGUAUCAGCGGAAGGUGUAUAUCGUCCAGAGCCAAUGUUAUUUUCAGGGAUGCGAAGUCCGCAGAAUUUCUCGCUGCUGUUGGUGACAAAGAAUCUCUUUCUUUGCUAGGUGGGCUUCCUGAGGUAGUUGUAACAGGUCGAGCAAAUGUUGGAAAAUCAUCCUUGCUUAAUUCUGUGAUUGGGCGUAGAGAUCUUCUUUUCACUAGCAAAAAAGCUGGCCGAACGCAAACACUCAACUUUUUUCGUGUUGGAUCUCCCCCUGGUCGUUUGGUCGUCGUCGACUCUCCGGGAUAUGGUGCCAGGGGCCGAGCCGAGUGGGGUGACUUGUUCAACCAUUAUCUAGAAACUCGGAAACAGUUAUGCCGCGUCUUUAUCUUGAUAUCCGCUGCCCAUGGUAUGACUGCUACGGAUGAGGCAAUGCUUUCUUCGUUGAAUGCUCAGAUCCAGUCGCACGAUGGUAUCUGCUGGACACUUCAAGCAAUCAUAACUAGGGCCGACGCACUGGGGUCAAACGGUCGCACUCAAAUCAAUCAGAUCGAGCAAGAUAUCUUUCGCGUUGCCCCAACAUGCUUACCGCCUAUCGUCACCUCGUGUCCGUCCAAGGGGAUUCCUUUUGGCAUCGAUGAAGUUAGGAAGUCGAUUUCUCAUGCAUGUAGAAUUCUCCCUUAA